CUCGUCUAUGAGGUUUAGCUUUUGGCAUAUUUUCCGAUCCCAACUAUUUCUAUAUAAGAGUUUCCUGACUACAUUUAAGGCAAACAACCAGCACAUAUUACUCCUCCAAAACACAACUAAAACAGAACUGAUUGAGCCAUAUAUAUCCAGAAAAAUGUUGUUAUCAGUUGCAUUAUUGUGUUUAUUUGGGUUGGUUUUUCAUUUUUACAAUUCACUUUUAACAAAGCCAAGAAGACUCCAAUCAGCUCUCAGAAAUCAGGGGAUAUUUGGACCUCAGCCAACUUUUCUUCUUGGAAACAUAUUGGAUAUCAAAAAGUCACGUAAGGCAGUUGCAAAUGGAGAUUUAGACUCCCAUAACUGUGGAGCAGCUCUUCUGCCUUUCUUUGAUCAAUGGCAGAAACAAUACGGUGAUGUAUUCAUGUUUUCUCUUGGAAACACACUAAUAAUGCAUGUAACACAACCAGAAAUGGUAAGAGAGAUUACUACUUGCACAUCCCUUGACUUGGGUAAGCCAACCUAUCAAGCAAAAGAGAGGGGUUCUUUGUUAGGCAAUGGAAUCCUAACUUCAAAUGGACCUUUUUGGGCACAUCAAAGAAAGAUUCUUGCUCCUGAGUUAUAUUUGGAAAAAGUUAAGGGAAUGAUAGAUUUAAUACAAGAUUCUGCAUUAACAUUGUUGAAGACAUGGAAUAAUCAAGUAGAAGCUCAAGGUGGGAGUGCUGAUAUCAAAAUUGAUCCGGACAUGAGAAGUUUUUCUGGAGAUGUAAUUUCUAAAGCAUGUUUUGGAAGCAAUUUUUCAAAAGGAGAAGAAAUUUUUUUUAAGCUUAGAGCUCUCCAGGAAGCUGCUUCCAAAAGGGUCCUGACUACUGGAAUUCCAGGCAUAAGGUAUCUUCCUACCAAGAACAACAGGGAGACAUGGACCUUAGAGAAAGAAAUCAAAGAAUUAAUCUUGAAAAUAGUGAAGGAAAGAAGGGAAGCUGGAUCUGAAAAAGAUUUACUACAAAUGGUUAUUGAAGGAGCCAGAAAUAGUGAACAAAUUAGCAAUGAUACAUUUAUUGAUCAUUUCAUAGUUGAUAAUUGCAAAAACAUAUACUUGGCUGGUUAUGAAACCACUGCUGUUGCAGCUACAUGGUGUCUCAUGCUUUUAGCUACAAAUCCAAAUUGGCAACAACGUAUUCGUGCUGAGGUCCUUCAAAUUUGUAUGGGUCGAAUUCCUGAUGCUGAUAUGAUUCGAAAGAUGAAACAGUUAACAAUGGCUAUUAACGAAUCAUUGCGUCUUUAUCCACCAGUAGCAGUGGUAUCAAGGGAAGCCUUAAAUGAAAUUAAAUUUGGAGGUAUUAAUAUUCCUAAGGGAGUGAAUCUUUGGACAAUAGUGACUAAAUUACACACUGAUCCAAAAAUAUGGGGAAAAGAUUCUUACAAAUUUAAUCCAGAAAGAUUUGCAAAUGGAAUUAAAGGUGCAUGUAAAUUUCCACACGUGUAUAUGCCUUUUGGUGUUGGACCAAGGGUGUGUUUGGGACAAAAUUUGGCUAUGAUGGAACUUAAAAUACUCAUUUCAUUAAUUUUGACUAAAUUUUCUUUCUCUAUUUCCCCAAAGUAUAUUCAUUCUCCAGCUCUGAAUUUGGUUAUUGAGCCUGGAAAUAGUGUGUAUCUAUCAGUGAAGAAGUUGUGAUCAAAUGGAGCUCGGAUGGGAUUGAGGAUUAGCUCACUCGGUGAGUUUUCUGUCUUUCACAGUUAAGGUGGAGGGUUCAAACCUCAUAGUAGCGUAACAUUCUCUUCCGCUUUCUCCAUCCUCUCCCUCGAUGUAAUAACUUUGUUUUAAGAAAAAGUGGAGCUCGAAUACUAAUUUUCCAUUAGUUUUUUUUUUUUAUUGUGUGUAUUUGUGUGCAACAAUGUAGCUAUGUAUAAGUUU